AUGGGUUCGAGGACAAGUCUACGAAGAAAUGCUGACAAAAGCGAACCAGGAAUUGACGGAUCUGCCACGGAUUUCGAUGAGAGCAUCGACAGCUACAGCUUGGCGCCUUCCCCGAAACGAAAGUCGAGUCGCUUGAAUGUCCUAUUUGGAGUAGACCAUCUAGACGUCCGUACAGUAAUAGAGAAGCUGAAAUACAUCGAUUCAGGAAGCCCAGUGUACGCUGCGGUGGAGACGGAAGGUAUGUGCUCAUCAGAAGAGAGCAAGCCACUGACCCAGCAACUAUUUGUUCCAUAA